UCCACUGUUUACAGGAGCUCCUGGGCUUGCACUAUAAAGCCAGGCUGAGGUCCACUCUCGCAAACUGUUUCCUUGACACCUCAGGAAGAUAACAGCUCUUUCUAAAACAUAUACCAGCCUAAAACUCACACCGAAAGUUGUGCUAGAAUUUCCACUGACAAAAUGGCAGCAGUUCCGUCAGCUGGAUGUCUGCUUGCAAAAAAUCACUUUUACCGAACGCGACUCAACUCUGCCUCUAGCAGUUCCUCUUCGAGCUCCUUUCAAUCUUGCUGUGAUCUUGCCGGAGAUCAGGAGAAGACGUCCGUCUCACAUGGCAUACUACAAGUACCAUUUGAUAAAUGUUGGUGGCUGAAGAAGUUCUUCACAUGUGAAGUGGUUUCCCUUCAUGUAACAGAACCACCCACCAUGAACAGUGCCAGCAGUUAAUAUUUGUGGACCUGGGAAGGACUUGGACCCGUCGGGAAAUCUGUAAAGUGAGACCACUUGCUGAGUGAGACACCACAUGUCCUUGACUCCUACAUCUCCUUCCUGGAAAACUGCAGCAGAGGGGAACACAGGGAUUAAGUCUAAAAUGAUUUCUGGGGGUGGGACACUUCUGAGCAGAGCUUCAAUUGUACAGGGUGGCCUUUCACCCAGAUUCAAGAAGGUACUGACUCUACAGUCUGGGAAUCUCUUUGAAACGUUUGAUAAACAUAACAUACAAUGGGCCAAAGUUCAUUUAUAGGUAUUGAAGACAAAAUGCAUAUCAUCAGUUAACACUGGAAGCUGAAAAAAAAAAAAAACGUGUAGAAAAUAUAGGCAUUAAAGGUGUCAAUAAGAGAUGGAAUGACGUGAAGGACCUCUUGUUAAAACAGCUCGGCCCUAACUGAAGACCACGAGACUCAUCAGUUACCAGUUAGAUGAAUUUGAAAAUGGUGGUUAAACCUGAGCAUUCAUACUUGUCUGUGGAUACAGUUACAGAAACUUUACCAGUGGUUUAGAAACAGAAACCUCCAGUAAGGUCUAGCCAUUGCUGUUCUCAACAACGGUCAAAUGAAAAAUGUAAAGAAAGCUUUAAUGUAGGUUAGAUAUAUUGUAUGCUAACCAGUAAUUCAAAUAAUAAAUGUUGUCUUUUGUAUUUAUUAUAUUGCACAUUUUGUACUGAGAAAAUAAACACAUUUUUAAAAGUCUA